UUAAAGGACUUCACCGAUCUACUUUUGCAAUCACCCCCGGGAUUGUUCAUAUGUUUACUUCCCCCCAACCCGAGGAUUUGAUAUUUAGGUUCCUGUGAAAUGCAACCGAGCAGCCAAAGUACUUUGAGAACACGGGGCGGCAUAAACACCAAAACUUUUUUGUGGAAGGAAAAUGCAAUAAGAAAGCUCGCUGUCUUUUGAUGCUGUGAGUGUGGAGCGAGUGUGUGUAUUGUGUGUCUGCUUGGGGUGUCUUUGCCUGUGAGCGAGUGUGUGGUGUGGUGUGUGUGUGUGUGGUUCCCCCCCCCCCGAAUAUGGGGAGAAAAUGCUUGCCAACCACCGGAAAUCUCCUGGAAUUUAUUAGAAAAUAAUGGAUUAUAAAAAGAAGUGAGGGAAGGAACGGAUCUCCCGCUGAGUUGCAACCCGAUUUGCUACUCUUCAGUUUGUUGAUUGUUUUUGUUGAUAGGUGUCUUGAUGAUACUCUGAUAACACCUUCUUCAAUAUUAUUAUUGGAGGGGAGCGUUACAGUUUAAAAAAAAAAGGAAACAACAGCAACAGCCCCCCCUCAAGUAUUCCCCCCCUUCUUCCCCCUCCUGCUCGGGAUCGGUGUCUCCAUCCAUGUGCUUGUUUGCUCCCCCGCGUUCCACUUAAAACUAUUUUAAUCCUGGACCCAAGAAGGAGGCUGAUAGGGGGGUGGAUACAAAAAGUUCUUCCAAAAUAGUGUGCACGGGGAGCAGGAUGGGGGAUUUCGCAGCCCCCGCUGCUGCCACCGCGAACGGCAGUAGUAUUUGCAUCAACAGUAACCUGAACAGCAGCCUCGGUGGGGCCGGUAUCGGUGUGAAUAAUACUCCCAAUAGUACUCCCGCUGCACCGAGUAACAAUCACCAUGCUGGCGGCGGCGGCGGUGGUGGCGGCGGCGGCGGCCCCGGGGGCAGCGGCGGCGGCCCGGGGAGCGUCCCCAAGCACAGCACGGUGGUGGAGCGGCUGAGGCAGCGCAUCGAAGGCUGCAGGCGGCACCAUGUCAACUGCGAGAACAGGUACCAGCAAGCCCAGGCGGAGCAGCUGGAGCUGGAGCGCAGGGACACGGUGAGCCUGUAUCAGAGGACCCUGGAGCAAAGGGCCAAAAAAUCGGGCGGCGGGGGCGGCGGCGGCGGCGGCAGCAAACAGCCCUCGCAGCACUCGAGCAAACAGCAGCAAGAUGCAGAGUCUGCCUCGGCGGAGCAAAGAAAUCACACGCUAAUCAUGCUACAAGAGACUGUGAAAAGGAAGUUGGAAGGAGCCCGGUCCCCCCUUAAUGGAGAGCAGCAGAAUGGCGCUUGCGAUGGGAACUUUUCCCCAACAAGCAAGCGGAUCCGGAAGGACAUUCCUGCAGCAAUGGACACUAUUAGUAAUCUGCCCAACAAUAUGCCUUUGCCUUCUGCUUCUCCUCUUCACCAGCUGGACAUGAAGCCUUCUUUACCAUUACCGAACAGUGGAGCUCAUGCUCCAGGGAUUAUAGAAGAGCUGGGCAAGAAUGGCAGGCUGCCAGAGAUUAAACUUUCCAUGAAUGGUUGCAGUGACCUUGAGGAUAGCUUUGCCAUCCUACAAAACAAGGAACUCAAACAAGAACCACUGGAUGACCCCACCUGCAUAGACACUUCAGAAACGUCACUUUCCAAUCAGAACAAGUUGUUCUCAGACAUUAACCUCAAUGAUCAAGAGUGGCAGGAGUUAAUAGACGAGCUGGCCAACACUGUCCCUGAAGAUGACAUACAGGACUUAUUCAAUGAAGACUUUGAAGAGAAGAAGGAGCCGGAAUUCUCUCGGCCAACCACUGAGACACCUCUUUCUCAAGAGAGUGCGAGCGUAAAGAGUGAUCCUUCUCACUCUCCAUUUGCUCAUGUCCCCAUGGGAUCUCCCCAGGGGAGACCGUCAUCUUCUGGUCCGCCAUUUUCCAAUGUCUCCACUGCUAGUAGCAUACCUUCUGUUUCCAGUACUCCUGCGGCACCAAAUCCUGCCAGCUCACCAGCAGCAACCUGUGCUGUCCAGUCCCCCCAAACUCCUAACCAAGCUCAUACUCCAGGCCAAGCUUCAUCAAGGCCAGGAAAUGGCUAUCUCAUGACUCCAGCAGCAGGAACUGUGAGUGGUUCGGGGCCUGGUCCUGUGGCAGUUUCCAGCGCAGAUUUAUCUCCUGCAGAGCAGCUCAAACAAAUGGCUGCCCAACAGCAGCAAAGAGCUAAACUCAUCCAGCAGAAGCAGCAGCAGCAGCCACAGCAACAGCAUCCAAAUCAGACUUCAAGCUGGUCACCAGUGGGGCCCCCAUCCAGUCCCUAUGGAGGAGCCUUCAAUGCAGACAAACCAAAUAGCCCGAUGAUGUACCCCCAAGCCUUUAACAACCAAAACCCCAUAGUGCCUGCCAUGGCAAACAACCUACAGAAGACGACAAUGAAUAACUACCUCCCCCAGAACCACAUGAAUAUGAUCAAUCAGCCACCAAAUAACUUGGGUACAAACUCUUUAAACAAGCAGCCCAGCAUACUAACUUAUGGAAACACUAAGCCCCUGACCCACUUCAACGCAGAGCUGAGUCAGAGGAUGACGCCACCCAUGGCCAAUCCCAACAAAAACCCGAUGAUGCCGUAUAUUCAGCAGCAGCAGCAGCAGCAGCAACAGCAGCAGCCUUUGCCGCAGCAACCGCCACAACAGCAGCCGCCACCACCACAGCAGUCCCAGCCCCAGCUCCAAGCUCAGAUGGUGCACUUGAACGAGGAGCAGAAACGCAUGCUUCUCAUGAAGCAAAAAGGAGUGAUGAAUCAGCCCAUGGCCUAUGCCCCACUUCCUUCCCAUGGCCAGGAUCAGCACCCAGUAGGGCUCUCGAGGACCCCAGGCCCUAUUCAGCCCCCAGUGGCCCCAGGCUCCAGCAGCAUAGUCACUGGUGCCAACCCUGGGGGUCCCAGCUUCCUGGCCACCCAGCCCCAGGCAGCCAUCAUGAAGCAGAUGCUCAUCGAUCAAAGGGCACAGUUGAUGGAGCAGCAGAAGCAGCAGUUUCUGAGAGAGCAAAGGCAGCAGCAGCAGCAGCAGCAGCAGAUUCUGGCUGAACAGCAGUUGCAGCAAUCACAUUUACCCCGGCAGCAUCUCCAGCAGAGGACCCCUUAUCCGGUGCAGCAGGUCAAUCAGUUUCAAGGCUCUCCCCAGGAUAUAGCAGCUGUGAGAAACCAGGCAGCUCUCCAGAACAUGAGAGCUUCCCGGAUGAUGGCCCAGAGCACAGGCAUGAUGGGAAUGGGACCUUCCCAGAACCCUGGGGCCAUGCCCUCUGCAGCAGCUCAGUCUGAGCUUGGAAUGGCCCCUUACAGCAACACCUCCACCAGCCAACCAGGAAUGUACAACAUGAGUGUGGGGAUGAGCCAGAUGCUACAGCACCCAAACCAAAGUGGCAUGGGCAUGACCCACAGCCAGGCCCAAGGCCCGAGGCAGCCUGCAGCCGCUCAAGGAGUUGGUAUGGUGAGUGGCUUUAGCCAGAGCAUGCUGGUGAACUCAAGCAUCCCCCAACAACAUCAGCAGAUGAAAGGACCUGUAGGACAGGCCUUACCCAGGCCCCAAGGCCCUCCAAGACUUCAGAGCAUUAUGGGAACUGUCCAACAAGGAGCACAAAACUGGCAGCAGAGGAGCUUACAGGGUAUGCCUGGGAGGACUAGUGGAGAGCUAGGUCCAUUCAACAAUGGUACCGCUUACCCCAUGCAGGCUGGACAGCCCAGGCUGACCAAGCAACAUUUCCCACAGGGGAUGGGCCAGUCGGUCGUGGACACCACUGGCACCGUGAGAGCUCUCAACCCAACAGCCAUGGGUCGGCAGAUAAUGUCAUCCCUUCCUGGGCAACAAGGGAACAACCAGGCAAGACAAAUGGUUAUACCUGGCAUGAGCCAGGGUGUCCCUGGCAUGCCAGGAUUUAGCCAGCCUCCUACCCAGCAGCCGAUGCAAAGUGGCAACUUUGCCCCAAGCAGCCAGGGCCAGGCUUAUGACCGGAAUCCAUCUCAGGAUAUACCUUAUAAUUACAGCAGUGAAGGAGCUGGGGGUUCUUUCCCCAGCCUAACAGAGGGUGCUGACCUGGUGGACUCCAUCAUCAAAGGUGGGCCAGGGGAAGAAUGGAUGCAAGAGCUUGAUGAGUUAUUUGGCAAUCCCUAGUCACAGGGGGCCCUGAGAGCCAAAACUCCAGUGGUUAAAGUUUAAAGAGAAAAAAAAAAGGAAACAGGAUGUUAUCCCAUCCUUGUUUUUUAUUUUUUUUUUUAAUCUGUGCAAAUUGAGCUGAACUGUAGCAGGCAGAUGGUGGAAGUUAACGGUGGCAAUUUCCAGCCACCGGAGGCCACAUUUUGCAAAACUUCCACAUACAGCAAUCUCAACUCCAUGGCACAUGCCUACUGGGUGUGAGAGAGACAGACAAAGGGACAGGCUGGGGAAAGAAUCCAUACCAGCCUGUGGCCCCAGGGGACAACCCUUCCCCUGAUCCCAGGGCCUACUAUGUGGGAUGAGUUGCCGGUCCCCAUGGGCCGAGAAGGACUGCUAUCCAAAGUCAAGGAGUCCCCUGGUCUGUCCAGCCCCAGGUCUUCUUAGGCCACCAGAAAAGACAGAUCCUCAGGCCAUGGGGAGGAACACCUUCCCACCAAAGCUGCUGGGUGAUUGCACAGGCCAGGCACUGAUGGAUCAGAAUUGUGCUGAACUCUGGGCGGAAACAAUUCCAGGCUUAAAGACAUGCUACUGUAUUGGGAGGGUGGACAGAAAGACCAGUGAUGGCUUCCUUGGGAGUCUCCAAGACUGCCCAGAGGCCCACUCCCUGUCCCCAUGAUGAACCCCAAGAAUCCUAGAGGCAUUGCUGCCUGAUGCUGCCCAAAGAUAGCCAGGUGAGUUUGGAGGAGGAGCAUAAAUCAGGCGAUACAAAGAAAAGAGGCCCUUGGAAGAUGAGUCAAUCACUGUCAUGACAAGUGGUCAUGGCCACUGUUUGGUAGUGCUUCCUAAGCUUCCCAAGUACAGUGCUUAUAAAUCUAGAGAGUUUUUCACAUUUGUCCUUCCAACAGUGUAGCAUCUAAAGAGGGGGGUGAUGGACAGACAUCCACUGGACUCCGGAGAUGUCAUUCAGGCCCAUUUCCUACCCCCCUGGCCCUACUUUUGCUUCUGCUUCUGCUCCCUACCCCCAACCCUGACUCCAACAGCCUAAUUCAUACAGCUUUUUCUUACCAGUAUCCCAAAUGAAGCUACUUCCUUUAACUGAGCCUAGUUGUGGCUAAAAUGAAUGACAGAAGGAAUUCUGCUAUGCCAGAUAUUGGAAAGGGACUCUGGCAUUUCCUGCCUCUAAAGUGUGUGAAAGUUACCAGUAUUACCUGCUUGGACCAUGAAAGUGUCUUCUAUUGGUUGGUAGUACUUGUAGGAUACGGGCCCUGCAUAUCUGACAUCCCUAAAUGGGGCUGGACCUUCAAGACGAUAAUUCUGGUCCUCUCAGGUCAGUUUACCCGUGACCCUUUGGUGAAGGUUGUCCUCUGGGGGAAAAGUGACCCCCAAUAUCAUAUUCUGCCAAUGACAUUUCUUCCUUGGCAGAUUAAAUGCAAAUUUUCUGAGAGUUUAGGAGGCAGAAGUCAACUGGUACAUCUGGCAAAAUUUGUUUUUAGAAAGGGGGUGUGGUCCCUGUCACUUGAACUAAAUACUCCCAGGCAUUUAAUCUAUCCUACAUAAUUCUCCCAAUCUGACCCUGUCCAAAGGCACCAACAAUUUAGCUAAUGUGUGUUCCUUUAUUUCUUGCCAAUUCCCCUGCUACCCCUCCUACCAUUUCAUCAUGGGGACCACAUGUCCUAAGUCUAGAUAGAACAAGGCAAGGAGAAAAGUUAGUAAAAGAAUCUUUAGUCUUUGGUCCUGAUGACGUUGGGUCAAUCCUAAGCAUGUACUCUUAGCUCACCCAGAGCCAGAGCCAACAGCAUUUAAACCCACAGAGACCUGUGGAGAAAGAGAAGUGUAGACUGACCUAAGCUGGGAGGAAUUCGAAAGAAAAAGAGUUUGAGUUGAAGAGUAGGGUAGGAGGAGAUGAGCUGCCAAACCCUGCCCUUAGCUUGCCCCCUAGAAAGGAACCAGUGCAUGAAUCCGCACACAGCAAGAGAGAGGAUGCAAAGCUAGUGGUGGCACCAUGUUGGUGAGAGGGAUGUGGCAGGAGCUGUUCUGGUUCUCCCAGGAGGGCCCUGCAGGACUGGACAUGAGAUCCCUGAAGGUUAAGCCGCAUUACCAGGGAAACUAAGAAUUGAAAUAGAUGAAAACCAAAAAGAAAACAAACGAACACACAAAAAGAAACAACAAAGUUAUGAAAGGAAAGGAGGAAGAACACAAAACAUCCACCUAUUUCUGAGAGGUACAGGAAGCCAACGAAUAUGCUGAUGUCAGAAAGCUCGAAGUGAGUGAUGGAGACAGAGGCUCUAUUAUCUUGGUAAAGCUUCCUCUGAAUACUCUGUACUGGGACCAACAAAACAAGAGGUAGAUUUUAAUUAUUUUUUUUUUUACUACGGUGCUGAUGUAUAUGUAAUGUCUAAAAAAAGUUAUUUGUAAAUAUGUUUUUACAAUCCUGCAAAUAUCACUGGGUCUACUAUCUGUAAAAUAUAUACAUAUGAAUAUAUAUAUACUGUUUGUUUAAAAUAGAGUAUUUUUAUUUCAUUCCUUAAUUCAUCAUCACUGCAAUGGCAUUACACUUCAGACUACAUCUGAUUACUAAUUUGUACUGUAUUACCUGAUGGCAACUGGCUCCAUUCUAUUCAGAUUUUUCUAGUUUUCUGUUUUUACCUUGUACAUUGAGCACUGCAUAUUUCCUUCCAAGAACUGUACAGAACUCUGAAAUGUAGAGUUGAAGUGAUGUUGGCAGACCACUUUUAAAGAAAAAGGCAAAUAAAAGAUUGUUACCUGAA